UGGUGACGUGUGUCAUCCCCAGUCCCUUUCUAGACCCGCCUUAUUCCCUUUUUUCAAAACCUUAUUUUCUCCAAAAACUAACCGUUCGGAUUGGAGAAGAGAAAAAUCAAAAUCAAAACCCUACAAAAAUCCCCUCUUCAAAACCCUCUCCAAAAAUCAAAAUUAAACCUCGAAAUCGAAAUCAGGAUCGAAAACCAGCUGCCCGCAGAAAACAAAUGGUGGAAAUUGAAUCGGAAUCUGAAGAUCAGCAGGACCCAGUGGAGGCGUUCAUGAGCUUGGACCGGUGGCCGUCGUCUCCGGUUGAAACAUUUCUCGUCGGCUUUGUGAUUGUCAAUGUGGUGGGGCUCCGCCACUACGAAGGAAUCAUCAGCGGCCGGGAAAUCGUGGGGUUGGUCCGGGAGGAGUUGAACCCAUACGACGAGAACGCUAUCAAAGUUCUGAACAUGAGGUCGGUUCAGGUGGGCCACGUCGAGCGCUCCGCCGCCUCUGUGUUGUCCCCUCUGAUCGACGGUGGUUUGAUUACCGUUGAAGGUAUUGUCCCAAAACCACCAGGCAAGGGAAGUAGAUUCAAGAUGCCCUGUCAAGUUCACAUUUUUGCUAGGAUAGAGGAAUUUGAGAGAGUAAAGUUGGCCAUUGCGGGAGGCGGGCUGCAGUUAAUUGCGGAUAAUAAUGCUUCUUUCACAUUAUCAGAGGCAAUGGCUGUAAAAGAGACAAAAAGUACUCUUGGGGAGAAGAGUGUCGAUGAGAUAUUCAAACUGUUGGACAUGAAAGUUGGUAAGCAAGGGGUAUCGGAGGCGUUGGACCCACCAAAAGACAUGAUAAAAUCAGAGCUUUUUUCUCAUCAGAAGGAAGGACUGGGAUGGUUAGUUAGUAGGGAAAAUUCAUGCGAUCUGCCUCCUUUUUGGGAAGAAAAAAACGGGGUGUAUGUCAAUGAGUUGACCAAUUUCCAGACUGAUACAAGACCCGAUCCUUUGCAAGGUGGCAUUUUUGCAGAUGACAUGGGCUUGGGCAAAACUCUUACAUUGCUCUCAUUGAUUGCUCUUGAUAAAUGGGCUCAUCUCGGACAAUCAUCCGGGAAUAUUAAUGGUGAAGAUGAGGAGGAAUUGGGUGAAGAGGAAUAUAAUCCAAUUCUUGAUAAAAAAUCAAAGAGGGGAAGAGGGAGCAGAAAGGCUGAUAAUUCAAGAAAAAAGAGAAAAACCGAGGAUCUUAAUGCUAAGGAAAUGGGAAAAAGGCCCGCCUUGGGUGAAUCCUCUGUUUUGGAGCCAAAGACAACACUAAUUGUUUGUCCCCCUUCUGUCUUUUCGUCAUGGAUAACACAGUUAGAAGAACACACAAGACAAGGCACUUUUAAGGUGUACAUGUACUAUGGUGAACGGACUAAAGAUGCGACAGAGCUUGGGAAGCACGAUAUUGUACUGACAACAUACAGUACACUAGCUAGUGAAGAAUCUUGUGAAGGAUCUCCCAUUAAGAAGAUUGAGUGGAGACGAGUUAUAUUGGAUGAGGCCCACGUGAUUAAGAAUGUAAACACUCAACAAAGUCGAGCGGUCACUAAUCUGAAAGCUAAGCGUAGAUGGGCUGUUACAGGGACACCCGUGCAAAAUAACUCUUUUGAUUUGUUUUCCUUGGUGGCUUUUCUCAAGUUUGAACCCCUUUCAAUGAAAAGCCUUUGGAAUAGUCUGAUACAACGCCCACUUACUCAAGGAGAUGAGAACGGUAUCUCUCGGCUGCAGGUUCUUAUGGCAACUAUAUCUUUGAGGAGAACAAAAGAUAAAGCCAUGGUUGGUCUGCCAACUAAAAUCAUCGAGACCUUUCUCGUGAACCUCCACGAAGAAGAGCGCAAGGUUUAUGAUCAGAUGGAAGAUGAGGCCGGCAAAAUUGUUAAAAACUACAUUUCCGAUGAAAGUGUUGUCAAAAACUAUUCUAAUGUUCUUAGUAUACUUUUAAGGCUUCGUCAAAUUUGCAGUGAUUUGUCCCUCUGCCCAGCAGAUCUCAGAGCUCUACUUCCUUCAAGCCAAAUCGAAGAUGUGGCGAACAACCCAACAUUGCUGCAGAAAUUGCUUUUAGUGUUACAAGAUGGAGAAGAUUUCGACUGUCCAAUCUGCAUAUCUCCACCCACAGACAUCAUAAUCACAUGCUGUGCUCACAUUUUCUGCGAAUCCUGCAUCCUUAAAACAAUCAAACGAACAAAACCCUGUUGUCCAAUGUGCCGCCACCCACUUUCCGAAUCCGACCUCUUCAAAGCCCCUCCAGAAUCUUGUCACUCAUCUACUACCGAAAAGGGUUCUUCGUCAAGAUUAUCAUCCAAAGUUACCGCACUCUUAAAACUCCUCUCUGCAGCAAGAGAAGCAAGGCCAUCUUCUAAAUCAGUCAUCUUCUCUCAAUUCCGAAAAAUGCUUCUUUUACUCGAAGAGCCAUUGAAAGAAGCUGGUUUUAACGUGAUUCGCCUAGACGGUUCGAUGAACGCUAAAAAGAGAGCACAAGUGAUUAAAGACUUUGGAGUGCCAGCUCCAGUGGGGCCCACGAUCUUGCUUGCGAGUUUAAAAGCUUCAAAUGCGGGAAUAAAUCUUACAGCUGCUUCGACGGUUUAUUUAAUGGAACCGUGGUGGAAUCCUGGGGUUGAAGAACAGGCUAUGGACAGAGUUCAUAGGAUCGGUCAAAAAGACGAUGUAAAGAUUGUGAGGUUGAUUGCGAAAGAUACUAUAGAGGAAAGAAUAUUGCAAUUGCAGGAAAAGAAGAGAGUGUUGGCGAAGAAAGCUUUCGGGAAACGGGGGCAAAAGGAACAGAGGGAGAUUAAUAGAGAAGAUCUCAGUGCCUUGAUGAACUUGUGAGUCUUGAUUUUUGAUAACUUAACAUUUUGGACAAGAGUUUGUCUUGUUUUUUGAAGUGGUAUCUGAUAAUUGCAAAAUACCAAAAAGAACCCUAAUGUUUUUUGAGUUAUUUUUUGGGUUGUGAAGUUGUAUGCUUUGAUGUAUACUGAUGGAAUGUGACUGUUCCAUUGGUGUAUUAGCAUUUUUUGCCUGUGAACAAUAUGAAACGGUGUCGUUUAAUACAGACCACAGUUAAAUUACAUUUGUUGGUUUAUGGAAUUUUUUGGUUCCAAAUUAUUUUA